CUGACGUGAUCGGAAUUUGCGACAGUGUCGCAAGCCGUGUUUGUUUUACUGCCGGUGUGCUCCAUGGAAACACGCUCACCCCUCACGUUUUGUUUACAUGCUUGGGGAGCAAACAGCUACGGUCAGCUGGGACAGAACCAUGCGGAGGACCAGAGCAGACCGAGGCUGUCUGACACCGAGGCUCUGCGGGACCAGACGGUCCGGACUGUGGGCGGAGGAGGGGGACACUCCUUGGUUCUCACCGAGAGAGGAGAGGUGUUUGUCUGUGGACAGAAUCACAAAGGCCAGCUGGGACUCGCUCACUGUUCUGAUGUCUUAACGCUUCAGCUCUGCCCUGUUUUGAAUCACAAAGUCUCAAAUGUAGCCUGCGGCUGGGAUUUUACUCUUCUCAUCACUGAUAGUGGUCAGCUGUUGGCGUGCGGUUCCAACGCCUUCGGACAGCUGGGCGUCGGACCGACGCUCUCACACUCUGCUGAGCUCCUGGCUGUGGAGGCUCUAAAGGAGCCAGUGGUGAGCGUAGCAGCAGGACUCAGACACUCGCUCACAGUUUGCGCCUCCGGCUCCGUCUAUCAGUGGGGAAACGGGCUUUACAGUCAUGCUAAGCGAGCACUCAGCCCCCAUCCUGUUCCACCUCAUCUGAACUCCAAGGUUCCCUGUCUGGUACCAGGUCUCAGCCAGAGGAAAUCCCACCUUGUAACAGCAGGUUCAGCACACUGUGUGUGUUUAACAGAAGAAGGUGAAUUAUUCCUGUGGGGAAGCAAUAAACACGGUCAGCUGGCUACAGCUCAGCCCUUCCUGCCCUCCCCCGGUCUGCUGAAUCCAUCUCUGCUGAAGGGAGAGAGAGUUAUUAAUGUUUGCAGUGGCUGGACACACGUCGUUGCUCAAACAGAGAAUGGGAGAGUACUGACAUGGGGUAGAGGAGAUUACGGGCAGCUUGGUCGACCGCCCUCAGUCAACCAGAAUGCAGAGAAGCCUGGUCCUGAAGCUGAGGGAAACAGGAAGGAUUGCCUCCCAGUGGAAGUUACAUCCCUUAAUGGAGCAACACAGAUUGCCUGUGGAUCUGAGCACAAUCUUGCUAUCGUAGGGGGGCGCCUCCUGUCGUGGGGCUGGAAUGAGCAUGGGAUGUGUGGGGACGGUUCGCAGGCUGACGUCUUUCAUCCUCGCCUCGUUUCUGAUCUCAGGCCUGUUGUGAUUGGCUGCGGAGCUGGACAUUCAAUGGCACUGUGUGUGUGGGGGGGGCAGCAAGUUUAAGACAGAACACUGACUCCACUUGAGAAGCACUGGAGCACAGAAAAAGUUCCCCUUCACUGCACAACAGCUUUCUGUUUUUUUAGAGGUCGUAUUUCAAACUGAAACUUCAUCAGUGCUGUGAUUGAACACAGUUAUGUGCUGUUUGAAAGAGGUGGACCUCAUUGCAGAAAAUGGUAUUUCCCAUCUUAGUCUGUCAUGUUGAAGGUGAAGAAAAUGUACUGUUGUGGUGCUAAAACAUGUUAGUGGUUCUAUCACUGGGAUCCUGCUCUAGUGUUUCAUUGAUAUCUGAGCAAUUCCUAAAUAAAAAUAACAACCAUAAGCCAUCUAAAACGUUUUCUCAAUUUUAAGCCUUAAGAAAUAGAAAUCAAGCAUCUUGAUUUAGUUGCAUCUUGAAUGUCAUAUAUUGUUACAGUUUUGGCUGAGAUUUGGCUCCCUUUGAGAAAACCACAGGGGUUUGGACAUUCAUCCAAAGCUAGUUACUGAGGACUGACGUCCUGCAGGUUUCUUGUGCAUGACAUCUGGUAAUAUAAAUGAUUUUACUCAAAACUAUCAACCACUUUUCAACUCAUCAACAUAUUAGCUGAGGGAUUGUCUUCCAAAAAACAGAAGAAAACACCAAUAAUGUAUAUUAUUAUUCUGAUUUUACGCCUUGCAAAGAUUAACAUGGAUAAAGGCGAAGGACUCGCAUAAAAAAGCUACAAAAACUUUAUCAAACUUAGUUACCUAAGUCAAUAAAUAUUAAAAACAUAAACCAACAUUAUGUAGUUAGACAAUAGUUUUGAAUCCAGGAGAAAAUGAAAGAAUUAGCAGAUCAUCUACCAAACAUAGAUACAUUUGUCAAUUUCAGUCCCUUGCUGAUUGUUUGUUUGAUCCAGAAACCUAAUCGUAACAUAUCAAGGUAUCAGUGCCUUAAGGUUUGUUUUUUCUUCACCAUUGGUCUCUUUUUCAGUCAUGUUAGUUUCGAAAUGGAUUUUUAGUCGUCCACGUAUUUAUUAGCAUUAGCAGAGAUUAAUAUUAUAAUCUUGUUUUUAACCACAGCUGAUUUGAGAAGAUGAAUAAAUCAACACUCACUGGAAA